AUCUACAAAUUACCAUCUUGAAGCUUCAAAAUAUUCAAUAUUCAUCGUGAAGAUUUACAUAUAUUCCAUGUUAAUGUUCAUAUUUCGUUAACGAAUUGGAUUAAAAAUGUAUAAAUCAUUCACUUGUAUUUCAUCUAUAAUCUUCAUUAUUUCCAUAACAUAUAUUGAAUGCAAUGGUCAAAAUAAAGAUGAAGUUUGUUAUGGUGAAUUUGGUUGUUUUAAAAAAGCUCAAUUGAGCAUGGACAUUAAAGCGGAAAAUGUAUUUGGUCACUAUCCUGAUACUCCCGAAAAAAUUAAUGCAAAAUUCCAUGUAUUUUCCUGUCAUGAUCGUUAUAAUCCAACUAUUUUGCCUUAUAACGUAACUGAAAAAGAUUUUCAUAAUUUGAACUAUGAUCCAAAAAAACGCACAAUAUUUAUAAUACAUGGUUAUGUUGAUUAUUAUACUCAAUUCAAGUGGAUGGGAGAUUUAAAAGAUCUUAUUCUACGAGCAAAGCCAUGUUCAUUGAAUGUUAUAGUUGUCGAUUGGCGUGGUGGUUCAAUGAAUGUCGACUAUUUACAGUCAUCAUCCAAUACCAGAUUGGUUGGCGCUAUGAUUGCAAAAUUUAUUGAAAAAAUGAACAAUGUUUACAAGACAGACAAUGAUCAUUAUACAAUUAUGGGACAUAGUUUAGGAGGACAAAUUAGUGGUUUUACUGGCAAACAUUUACGUAAUCCGAAAGCACGAUUGAUACUUGGUCUUGAUCCUGCUGGUCCAGCAUUCAAUGAUGUUAGCGAAGACGGUCGUCUAGUUCCGGAUGAUGCAAAAUUAGUUGUAUCUAUCCAUACAAAUGGUGGUAAGAACGUACUCGAUGGCUUCGGCACACUAAACCCGUCUGGUCAUUACAAUUUUUUUCCCAAUGGGGGUGAAACACAGCCCGGUUGUAAUCCCGUUUCUGGAAUUGCUGCACCAUUGACAAAAGGUGCAUAUGAAGGAUUUCAGAUGACAGUAGCUUGCUCGCAUCUAUUCGUCGCUUAUAAGUUGAUGAAAUAUGAUGAAUCGAAAGAUGAUGAUUUCGAAUCAAUGGGUUAUCGCUGCAAAAACUAUGAAGCAUUUAAAGCUGGUCAUUGUGGCAAUUGUCGUGAAGGUUCAGAUGAUUGUAAACCCUUUGGUAGAUGGUUUGAUUGGUGGCAAACACAAAGUUUAUCAAAAGAAUGGCGUGAACCGAUCAUCUAUUAUAUCGAUACGCAGAAAGACCAACCUUUAUCAUAUUUUUUCUAUCAGAUCAAGCUUCGAACCGGAAGUCCCUUUCCUACUUUUGAUGGUCGAUUAUCCAUGAACAUUACUGGUAGUCUACGAAACGAUUUCAGCGAAAAUAUUCUAAUGGAUAGAAAAUUUGAACCAAACAAAGAAUACACCUAUUUAUAUAAAUCUAGAAAAUCGCUUGGUCGUAUCGAAUCAGCAUAUGUAACAUUGACAAAUAAGGUGUUACCGAAAGUUGUUGCAGUUAGUAUGGAUAAAGCUAUCACCGCGAUUCCUGAGUUAAAUAGUGAAGUGACCAGUGCUGAUCUCCCCAGUUUAAUCAAAAGUCGAAUUAUUGUCGAAGAGAUACAAUUCAACUACUUGAAUGGCUAUUCUGAAAGUAAACGCCAUUCACUGUCAUCAGUGUUGAGAAGCCGAAAUGGACCCGUGCAAGUAACAAACAAAGAUGUCACACAUUUCCCCAAAUUGAAAUCAUUUAACAAUAUAGAAAUUAAACUAAUCAUAAAUGAAACACAUGUGGGAUGAUGAUCGAAGAUAAUCACCCUCGAAGCACAAUGUUUGGUUAACAUUGAAAAAUUUAACUAAUAGAUUUUUGAAUAGGAUUUUUAAAAGUAAUUUAGAAAAAAGUCUAAGAUUUUAUUCGUUAAAAUUUAUGUUCACGAAUUGGAUAUAGCCAUUUUAAUCGUUCAUUUUUAUUCAAUCCAUUCAUAAUCAAGAAAUGAAUAAAAGUGAUAAUCAAAAAAAAACUGUCCAAGAGAUUGUCACUAAAUUAUUCACACCUUUUUUUAAUGUAUCACUCAAUUCAAAUUAUUUUGAUUGUCAUCAUCUAAUACCAGAUUGGUUGAUGCAUGAUUAACAUUUGGUUUUGAUCCAGCUGGUCCAGCAUUUCAUGAUGUUUAUGUGAAAUUAUAUUUGGCCAGUUU